GUUCAUUUGUGUUCGCUUCUGGUCAUUUACAAAGCCUUGAUCGUAAAUAUUUUCGUGUGAAAUAGCAGGAAACUUGACGAUUGAUAUUGAAGAUGGCUAGUGCGGAACUUUCGAAAUUGUUCGGCGAUUUUUGGGAUUGGCGAAUGAAGGAGUUUCCGGAAUUCGCCUAUUUGAUCGGAUGGAAGGGCACGGACCAUUACGGAAAGCUGCAGUCGUAUUCCCAAUCGGCCUUCGAAUCCAGGAAAGAGGUGUGUACGGAUUAUAUCGCAAAGGCGGAGAAUUUGGCGAAGGACCUUUCCCACCCAGACGAUAUUCUCAACUGCAAGUUGUUCGUCGCAGAAUUGAACGAAUACAAUUCGAAUUUGAAGUACAAGGGUUACGUGUUCCCUGUGAGCUAUUUGGAUGGCAUCCAAGUGGAGUUGGCAACAGUCGUGAAUGAAUGGAUGGCCUAUGACUCAGCGGAAAAUUAUAAAGCUCUGCUGGAGACCUUCCGGUCAGCCGUGCCAAAGCAAGCAAAUGAAAUCAUCGACUUGAUGAACGCUGGAAUUUCCUGCGGAAUGGUGUCACAUGCCGAAAGCGUAAAGGGUGCUGUUCAGCAGUUUGACUCCCUUCUGAACGAGGAUGCCGACACGCACUCUUUGCUGGAGCCCCUGGCAAAGUUCCCGACGUCAGUUUCCGAAGCCGAGAAAAAUCAGCUGACUGCAGAUAUCAAGCAAGCUUUGAAGAACAAUGCUCUGCCCGCCCUGAAGAAACUGCGAGACUUCAUCGCCGAUACGUAUUCUCAACACACCAGGAAGGAUGUUGGAGUUUCUACGCUGCCGAAUGGAAAGGAUUUCUAUGCACAAUGUCUACAUUUUCAUACUUCUACGAAUUUGACGCCGGAAGAAAUUCAUGAAAUUGGCCUUGCAGAAGUAAAGAAGGAUGAAGAGAAGAUGCUUGAGAUAAUUAAAAAACUGGGGAGUGCGGACGACAUCAAAGCAUUUUCAGAAAAGCUGAGAACGAGUGAAAAGUAUUUCGCAAAAUCGAAAAAGGAAUUGCUGGACAAAUUUAGGUCCUUGUGUGACGAAAUUGAGCCUUUGAUUCCGAAACUCUUCAACUUUAACCCGCCGAAAGUGGUGCUGAAGGAGCAUCCGCCGGCUGCAGCUGCUGGGCCAGCUGCUGAAUAUAUCGCUGGAACACCUGAUGGAUCAAGGCCUGGCGUAUUCUUCGUCAACACGAACAAUUUCUCUCAUCAGCCAACUUAUGAGAUGAUUUCCCUCGCAUUGCACGAGGCAAACCCCGGGCAUCACCUGCAAGCGUGUUUCUUACUCAGCAAGCCAACAAUGCCAGCAUUUCGGCAGUAUGUCGAAGACCGCAAGUAUUGCGAUCCACCGUCAAGAUUCCCUUUUCACACCGCGUACAUUGAAGGCUGGGGACUUUAUUCCGAGACCUUAGGGCAUGAUUUCAACUUGUACAAUGAUCCCAUGGAUGAGUUUGGUCAUUUGAGUGAGGAUGUUUUCCGAGCGUGUCGUUUGGUCGUUGACACAGGAUUGCACGCUUUUGGCUGGAGCAAAGAAAAGGCUGUGCAAUUUAUGCUGGAUCACACUGCCGCAAGCCAAGAUAAUGUUGAGAAGGAAAUACGGAGAUAUAUCACUUGGCCGGGGCAAGCAUGCGCCUACAAGAUUGGGCAACUGAAGCUGCUGGAAUUGAGGCGGAAAGCUAGUGACGCUCUCGGAAGUGCCUUCGACCUUCGGGAAUUCCACGAUGUGGUUUUGAACUAUUUCGGGCCAUUGGAAUUGGUGGAGGAAGGCGUCGAUGGCUAUGUGAAGUCGAAGAAAUCCAAUUAG